UCACCGUUUCCUCUGUCUCCCCUGUUUCCGCCUCACUCACUCAUGCCGAUUCCUAACUCGCUCACCGCUCCAAUUCUCCGCCGGAGCACCGUCGCCGGAGUUAGGUCCAUCUCCUCCUGGUUCCGGAGCAUCGAGCCCGCUCCCAAGGACCCGAUCCUCGGAGUCACCGAAGCUUUCCUCGCCGAUCAGAGUCCAAACAAGGUCAACGUCGGAGUGGGUGCGUAUCGCGAUGACAAUGGAAAGCCUGUGGUUUUGGAAUGUGUUAGAGAAGCAGAGAGGAGAAUUGCUGGAAACGACUUCAUGGAGUAUCUUCCUAUUGGUGGAAGCAUAAAAAUGGUAGAAGAAUCACUGAAGUUGGCUUAUGGAGACAACUCUGAGUUCAUCAAGGAUAAAAGAAUAGCUGCAGUGCAGGCUUUAUCUGGGACUGGUGCAUGUCGACUUUUUGCUGCAUUUCAACAGAGAUUUCAUCCUAAUACCCAAAUCUAUAUACCAGUGCCUACCUGGGCCAACCACCAUAACAUUUGGAGAGAUGCUGGAGUGCCUAUGAAGACUUUCCGUUACUAUUAUCCUGAGUCUAGAGGAUUGGAUUUUGCAGGACUGAUGGAUGACAUAAAGAAUGCUCCAGAUGGUUCCUUCUUCUUGCUUCAUGCUUGUGCCCAUAAUCCUACUGGAGUAGAUCCUACAGAAGAACAAUGGAGAGAGAUCUCUUCGCAGAUAAAGGCCAAGGGUCAUUUCCCUUUCUUUGACAUGGCAUAUCAAGGUUUUGCAAGUGGUGAUCCAGAGAGAGAUGCAAAAGCCAUCAGGAUUUUUCUCGACGAUGGUCAUUUAAUAGGACUUGCUCAGUCAUAUGCAAAAAAUAUGGGACUGUAUGGUCAGCGAGCAGGAUGCCUGAGCUUGCUUUGUGAAGAUGAGAAACAAGCUGUGGCCGUAAAAAGUCAGUUGCAGCUGAUUGCUAGACCCAUGUACAGUAACCCACCUCUCCAUGGAGCGCUUAUAGUUUCUACUGUCCUUGGUGAUCCAGAGUUGAAGAAGUUAUGGCUUAAAGAAGUCAAGGUUAUGGCAGACCGCAUCAUCGGAAUGCGAACCACACUACGAGAGAACUUGGAAAAGAGGGGGUCUCCUUUGUCAUGGCAGCACAUAACCAAUCAGAUUGGUAUGUUCUGCUACAGUGGAUUGACACCGGAACAGGUUGAUCGUAUGACAAGCGAGUUUCAUAUUUACAUGACCCGUAAUGGUCGUAUCAGUAUGGCUGGUCUUAAUACGGGCAACGUCGGAUAUGUUGCUGACGCUAUCCAUGAGGUUACAAAAUCAUCCUAGAUUAUUCAAUUACUCAAGUGACCAAAUUUUUGUCCUUGGACACAAACACCUCAGAAGUAGUCUUGUCCAGGGGAGCAAAAUAAACUCAAUAAAGCUCCGAAACAUUUUCAACUUGUUUCGGAGUUAGGUAGUCACACCCUUCGGGAUUUACCUUGCAUAUUGAAGACCCUUAUGGCAUUGUAUCCAUUUUUAUAGACCUCGUUUUAAGUACUUUGAUGUGCCCCACCGCAUAUCAUCAUUUUUUUAAUAAAAUAAUUUGAGUAGUAGAUUGAAGUGAAUUAUUAUUGUUAGUGAACCUUUGCGAUUGUUGAAGCUGGAAUAUAAGCUCGAAUGAGAUUAAUGA